CGCGCCCGGGCCGCUCGCUGCGCCGCGCCCCUUACGUAACGAUGCCCGAGCCAGGGAGCUGAUGGCCGCGCUCGUCUGGUGGCUGGCGGCCUGCUGCCUCGUGCGCGCCGUCGCCGCCGGCAACCCCGACGCCAAGCGCCUCUACGACGACCUGCUGUCCAACUACAACAAACUCGUGCGCCCCGUCGUCAACACGACCGACGUACUUCGCGUCUGCAUCAAGCUUAAGCUCAGCCAGCUCAUCGAUGUCAACUUGAAGAAUCAAAUAAUGACAACGAAUCUUUGGGUGGAACAGUCCUGGUAUGACUACAAACUUCGCUGGGAGCCGCGGGAGUACGGCGGGGUGCACAUGUUACAUGUACCUUCCGACCACAUCUGGAGGCCUGAUAUCGUUCUAUAUAACAAUGCCGACGGCAACUUCGAGGUAACGUUGGCGACCAAGGCGACGAUCUAUCAUCAAGGACUGGUCGAAUGGAAACCGCCCGCGAUUUACAAGUCUUCCUGCGAAAUAGAUGUGGAAUAUUUUCCUUUCGACGAGCAAACGUGCGUUCUUAAGUUCGGUAGCUGGACUUACGACGGAUUUAAGGUAAUUGAAUGGGCCUCUCCCAGCUCACGGCUGACCGCAUUGUUUGUCCGCAGCGCCGACGGCAACUACGAGGUGACGCUGAUGACGAAAGCCACGGUGUACUACAACGGCAUGGUGGUGUGGCAGCCGCCCGCCGUGUAUAAGUCGUCCUGCUCUAUCGACGUCGAGUUCUUUCCUUACGACGUGCAAACCUGUGUGCUUAAGUUAGGCAGCUGGACAUAUGACGGCUUCAAGGUGGACCUCAGGCACAUGGACGAGCAGGCUGGCAGCAACGUGGUGUCCGUGGGAGUGGAUCUGUCAGAGUUCUACAUGUCCGUCGAAUGGGACAUCUUGGAAGUGCCAGCUGUAAGAAACGAGAAGUUUUACACAUGCUGCGACGAGCCGUACCUGGACAUCACGUUCAACAUCACGAUGCGGCGGAAAACGCUGUUCUACACCGUGAACAUCAUCAUCCCCUGCAUGGGCAUCUCCUUCCUCACUGUCCUCACUUUCUAUCUACCCUCAGAUAGUGGCGAAAAGGUAACGCUUUCGAUCUCGAUCUUGAUCAGUCUGCACGUGUUCUUCUUGCUGGUGGUGGAGAUCAUCCCUCCGACGUCGCUCGUUGUGCCUCUACUGGGAAAAUACCUCAUUUUUGCAAUGAUUUUGGUUUCAAUUAGUAUAUGCGUUACGGUAGUCGUGCUGAACGUACAUUUCCGGUCUCCGCAAACUCAUCGCAUGGCGCCGUGGGUUAAACGAGUCUUCAUUCACAUCCUGCCAAGGCUGCUAUUUAUGAAGCGACCGCAGUAUAAAUUUGACACGACGAGGUCGCGGUUCACGACAUGCGGCGUGGUGGUGCGUUGCGGCGGCGCCGCGCGGCCUCUGUACCCGUACCGGCUGGCAGCCGCCGAUGACGACUGCUGCGCGCCCGGCGCGUGGCCGCCGCCCGCCGCGCCCGCGCGCCCUCUCACGCGCACGCCCAGCAAGGAGGAUUUGACGCACACCACUUAUGUGCAGUCGGGGUUGGGCGAUAGUAAUCGUUUUGGGGGCAGCUGUGUAGUACAUGGGUCGAGCGAAGGCGGCGCGCUUCCCGUGCCAGAGGAAGAGGCUCUGAGCCCCGUCCCGGAGCCCCCGCCAGGCUUCAGUCAUUCCUCCUGCCCGCCCGAAGUGCACAGGACAUGCUUCUGUGUGCGUUUCAUUGCCGAGCAUACGAGAAUGCUUGAAGACUCUACUAAGGUAAAAGAAGAUUGGAAAUAUGUCGCAAUGGUGCUGGAUCGUUUAUUCCUAUGGAUAUUCACGCUAGCCGUCCUGGUCGGGACGGCCGGCAUCAUUCUACAAGCGCCCACGCUCUACGAUGACAGAGUGCCGAUAGAUAAGCACUUUAAUCAAAUCGCCACCUCAACCUUAGUUCGGUGUCCGCCACCCUCAUAAUGGGGUACAACGCUUGGCGAAAAGCGGGCCGCAUCACAAAUCAAAAAUUCACUGGCAAUCGGUUUUGUAAGCAUUUUUUAUAUUAACCAUUUACGUACAUAGAAUUUAUAAUAAUUAUUAUCAACUGACAAAACAGGGCGCAUCUUCUAUAAUAGUUUUUAAAUAAAUAUGUACACUGGAGAAAAAUUCUCUAACAAGUGAAAAUUUCAAUUAUUUCGUUAAUAUUUUAAGUUUAAUUUAAAAAAGAAAAUUAUAUUACCGAUAAAUCACACAUGUGAUAAAGUUUAAAUGAUUAAAUACGCAAAAAAUCUUUUUGUUAAUACAGUCAUGUUAAAAACUUACAUUAUAAAUUUUGCAGUGUCAUGAAGAGACCAAUAUCUUGUUUGGUUUAAAUACUAACUACUAAUGUUUAUUUUACUCUGUUAAUCAGUUAACUUUAUUGCUAGCAACAAAAUUUUUCAAGUUCACCUAAUAGCUAUGAAUAUUUUAGUUGAUCAUGACUAACACAAUUUUGUUGGCUGCGAUCAUUUUUUUUUUCAGUGUACUCGUAAUAUGUACGAGAUCGAUUGCAAGCUUGGGGGUUUUUGCAAACAAUCAUGGGUAACAUAAACGCACUAAUACCAUAAGAAUUAAGAUAAUUGCAAGAUGCUACGAAGACGAAGACGAACACAGGCGAGUUUAUUUGUAUUAAAUUGUACGGUGCGUCCCGCCUUUUGCUGAGGCCAAAUAGCACUUUUGUACUGUAAUUUGUUUGUAAGUAGUAAUAAUAUUUUGAAUAGUUUAUAAUAAAUGAAAUGUGCCUAUAUAUUGAUUCACAGAUUUAUAUACGUUUUGACGUUAAGUUUUUCAAGGUUUAAUAAUUCUUACGUGAUUUAUUUUUAGUAUAAUUAAAGUGGACGCGCUCCGAAUUAAAACCAACAUUUAGAACGAGUUGGGAAGUAAUAUGAACUUUCCAAUUUCGUCUAAAAGUUAAUGAUGAAACGAAGGACCAAUUUUAUUUUGAAAAUUAUUACGUUUUCGUCGACGAUCGUGUUGAAAACGUUAUAGUCUCCGUACUUCGCUGUGUUUAUGAAAUCUACUAAGGGAUAAAAAUAAUGGCUUAUUUCAGAGAGGGGUGGCAUAUGCAGCAAACAAAUUACAGUCAUAAAUUGAUAUAAAACGGUCGCCGCAUUAUCGUCAGAUCUUAACGCACACCCGUCCUGCCGUCACGUGUUCUAUUCCACGACACGUACAUUUUACUCUAAGACUUAAUAUUAUGUAGUUCAUUCUCUCCUAUCUUCUUAUCUAACUUCUGUACUAGUAUUUCAUCGUGUUUAAUAGUAUUGUAGCGGUUUUGUAUUGUACUUGUAGGUCAUCAGUCGUAACCUCUUGCUCUUGUUAUGCUAAGAUAAUAUAUAUGUUGUAGAGACAUUUUCAUCCAUUGCUAGAGACAGUACCUUUUUUCAUAUUAUACCUAUCUAUCUGUACCUAUUUAUUGCUAUUGGACCCCUAAGUUAAAAUAGUAAAUUACAUUAUAUUCAAUCAGUAUACAUAAUUUUUAACAUGAAAAUAGUAGAUACCUACAUUAUUUUUACCCAGUAGGUACAUUUUUUUAUCU